CGAGGUACAGCUCAAAAUGGCUGUAGACAAACAGUUAUGAAGAUCUGCCGUUCUACAAGAAAUGAAUAUGUCGCAAUUGUCAAAUUAACGAAGAAGCCUCCAAAACAACUGGGGAUACAGGGGCCCGUGGAGAGGUUCAGGGAGAGGAGCAGACCUCUGGCACCGACCCUGGAAGAGAGGAGGGACCACCUCAUAGAGAGAAGGGGCCACAAGACCUCUGCCUUGGGACAGAGCCAUGACCAGUCUGGAGCCAGACAGAAGACUGGACUCCACACUCUGACUGAAACCUUCAAGCACAAAAGCCUGGUGGUUAUUCUGAAUGUGGCACAGAACUUGGACACAUUAACCCACGACUGAGACAGGUCUUGGUCUAGACCUCCAUGCCAGGCCAGAUGAUGAAGAGCCUCCAGUUCAGAAGCAUCGCCCCCAAGGCCCCAGCAGCGGUGGUUCCCUCCCCAGCCGCCAUCCUGUCCUGCCAGCACCCCUCUGCCCUCCCGGAGGCAGUCUCCACAGCCGUCAGCCCCAAGUCUAUCCUGGUCCCGGCCCAGAACUAUGCCCUGAUGCAGGUGGCAGGGCAGGAGGGUACCUUCUCUCUGGUGGCCCUGCCGCCCUCCGUAUCCCCUCAGUCGCCGCAGCAACAUCAGCAGCAGCAACAGCCAAUCCAGAAGAACCUGAAGCUGCCCAUCCCCAGGUACCAGCCAAUGAGGACCAAGAACACCCCGGAGAAGGUCAAAUCAGCCACGCCCACCGCCGGUGGCAGCGCCAGGGGGGUGAGGACACCCACCAAGGUUGCAUUGACAACCCGGGACCAUCGGUCAAUAGCAGCCACAAAGAAGAAGUUGUCAUUGGCUGAGCCCAAGGAGGAGCCAUCAGAACAGGUCAUACUGAUCGACGACUCAGCCUCCUCUGAGCUCUCCGCCCUCACAGCCCUGCUCCCAGACAACGCCAUGCUCUACAAUGGCUCUCCGCUGGAGCGAAUAGCAGUGGUGGACACCACCCCCGACCACCGGUCCACUCCUGCCCACGCUCCCGGCCCUGUCACCAGCAUGCUGCAGAAAAGUUCCCCGGUCGAACCAUCACAGGAUGAGAGCAGCGGUAAGGUUGCUAUCAGGCCGUGCCAACCCAAGCCUGUAGCCCAACAGCCCCAUCCACAGCCAGCUAGUAGCAGCAUCACUGUCCUCUCUCCAGCCAUCUUCAGCAAAGCUGUCCAGAUCAUCCCCUCCCCACCCAAGGGCAAGCUGCCCAUCCUGCCCUACUCCAUGAUGAAAAGCACCCUCAUACCCGCCUCCAAACUCAACCUCAAUGCCAUGUCCCCCAAGAAGGCUUUCCCUAGCCAGCCCGACCUCUCCCCUUAUCCCUCUGAUCCCCAGUCCAAGACCCCGGAGACUGCUGAGGCCCUAUGUCAGAACCACAUGCCAAACUCCCUGCUGCAGAGCCAGCCUCAGGCCAAGACUACAGGCGCCCUGUCGCUGCUGGGAACGCUACAGAUCCAGAAACCAUCAGGCAAGAAGAGGGGGAGGAAGAGGAAGACAAUGGAGGACAUUCUGGCCUUUGAGGCGAGGAAGAAGAGGUCCUUGUCAUUCUUUCGGAGGAGGGUGCCAGAGAAGCCUUCUAUCUCAGCCGUCAUCUCCUCCCCGCUGUCUAAACAGCAGAGGGAGGUGGACAUCUCUAAGAAGUACCGCAGCAUCAGACCCAAGCCUCACCACAUGCUGCUGAUGGAGACUGUACCCCAGCUGGUCAGCCUGCCCUCCUUCACCUCCUCUGACAGCCUGGAUUCAGAGCUCCUUGUGGGGCAUCAGCUCUCUGCCGAGGUCCUGGAGCCCGGUCCUCCCCAGCCCCAGCCAACCUCUACCCCGCUAUACCUGAAAGGGGGCCCUUCUCAUAGGGUCUACCUGGGCAGUAGCCAGCCCCUCCACCGCUGCCCCACCUGCAGCCGCUGCUUCCAGUUCAAACACCACCUCCAGAGCCAUAUGAACAGCCACACCAACAGCAGGCCUUACCUGUGUCCUGUGUGUCGUAAGGCCUAUGCUCACUCUGGCUCCCUCAGCACCCACAUGAAGCUGCAUCACUCUGACGGGAGACCGCGGCGGACGCUUCGCUGUGACUUCUGUGAGAAGGCGUUUGGCUACGUGGGUGUGUACUUCGGCCAUUUGAGGGAGGUGCAUAAGGUGAUCCUGACCGUGGAGCCGUCCGUCAGCCAACAUGAAGACGACGUGCCUGUGGAGGGGGCCAUGUCUUCAGACCUGGGGGACGAGCAGGGCCAGGAGGAGCGCGAGGACCCAGUGGAGCUCCAGAUCAAGUGUAGCCGCUGUCAGGCCAUCACCCCCACCUUUGCCGACAUGAAGCUACACCUGCUCUAUGUGCAUGGGGAGGAGGUCCAGGUGCGCCUGCGGGACGGGGCUGGGGGGGUGGGAAGGUCACUGCGGGGGGGCCGGGAGGCAGAGGAUGAGCUGGUGAAACAUGCCGCCCACUACUGGCGCCAGCUCAAUGAGAAGAGGAACCUAGUCCGGUGUGGGAGCUGUGAUGAAGAGUUCUUCUCCUUCUCCAAGCUGAAGCGUCAUAUCCUCUCCCACCACCAGGGGGGACCGCAGGAUGAUGGAGAGGGGGAGCCGACCGGCCCCUCAGCCUGGGGAGGGAGAGGCGUCCUGAGGCAGGGAUUGGUGUUUAACUGUUUGCUGUGCAGCCAGGUCCUGGACAGUAAAGAGGAGGUGAUGGAGCACUGGAGAGGCCACCACCACUGUGAGGAGACCCAGGUACUCUGGGAGGCCCUCGGCUCCUACUCGGGGGAAAGGGAGAUAGACUCGCCCGACCACAGCACAUGUUAACAUGGCACUGGACACGUUCUAGGUCGUCUCUGUUGCAGUCACGCUGCACAUCUCAGAAUAUUGACUUACUUACUUAUUCCUUCUAGCCUCUAAGGAAGCAAAUUGCCAGAACAGUGCAUUUUAAAAGAUUGAUAUAUCAUAUCAACGUGGUUUCUGAGAUGUAAAAAAAAAAAAAAAAAACACUUCUCCAGGCAUUGUGAGAUCUUAUAAUCGGGGCGGGCUGACUACAUUAGAUAUAACCUCGAACGUACCUACUAUUUGUGUCUGUCUGAGCCGAUCAUGCGCUGUGUGCUGCUCUCAAACACACACAGUUAGUCCCUAUGCACACUAUCCAGCCGACCCCCACCAUGCAGUACAUUUCCAGCUACUAUGGUGGCUGGGUAACCACUAACCAGGCAAGUUCAGCUCACCUCAGUAUGGUGAAAGGGUAUUAAGUCCAUACAGGGGUCAGUUAUCGCACAGUUUAGUUUGUUAGAGAAUCCACUUGAUACAUUACAAAUUAUUAUUUUGGUAUUUUGUGGACUGCACUGUGUUUUGUGUUUUUGUGUUUAUUUUUUUCUGUUUUAAUAGGAUUGGGUUGUUUUGUAUUGAAUAUGUACAGUAUAUACAGUACCAGUAAAAUGUUUAGACACACCUACUCAUUCAAGGGUUUUUCUUUAUUUGGACUAUUUUCUACAUUGUAGAAUAAUAGUGAACACAUCAAAACUAUGAAAUAACACAUGGAAUAAUGUAGUAACCAAAUAAGUGUUAAACAAAUCAAAAUAUAUUUUAGAUUCUUUAAAGUAGCUAACCUUUGCCUUGAUGACAACUUUGCACUCUUGGCAUUCUCACAACCAGCUUCAUGAGGAAUGCUUUUCCAACCUUCUUGAAGGAGUUCCCACAUAUGCUGAGCACUUGUUGGCUGCUUUUCCUUCACUCUGCAGUCCAACUCAUCCCAAACCAUCUCAAUUUGGUUGAAUUCGGGUGAUUGUGGAGGCCAGGUCAUCUGACGCAGCACUCCAUCACUCACCUUGGUAAAAUAGCCCUUACACAGCCUGAAGGUCUGUUGGGUUAUUGUCCUGUUGAAAAACAGAUUAUAGUCACACUAAGCCCAAACCAGAUGGGAUGUUGUAUCGCUGUAGUGGCCAUGCUGGUUAAGUGUGCCUUGAAUUCUAAAUAAAUCAGACAGUGUCACCAGCAAAGCACCCCCACACCACCUCCUCCAUGCUUCAAGGUGGGAACCACACAUUCGGAGAUCAUCCGUUCACCUACUCUGCGUCUCACAAAGACAUGGCGGUUGGAACCAACAAUCUAAAAUCUGGACUUAUCAGAUUUCCACCGGUCUAAUGUCCAUUGCUCUGUCUUUCUUGGCCCAUGCAAGUCUCUUCUUAUUGGUGUCCUUUAGUAGUGGUUUCUUUGCAGUAAUUUGACCAUGAAGGCCUGAUUCACGCAGUCUCUUCUGAACAGUUGAUGUUGAGAUGUGUCUGUUACUUGAACUCUGAACCAUUUAUUUGGGCUGCAAUCCGAGGUGCAGUUAACUGUCAUGACCUUAUCCUCUGCAGCAGAGGUAACUCUGGGUCUUCCUUUCCUGUGGCGGUCCUCAAGAGAGCCAAUUUCAUCAUAGUGCUUGAUGGUUUUGCGACUACACUUGAAGAAACUUUCAAAGUUCUUGACAUUUUCCAAAUUGUCUGGCCUUCAUGUCUUGAUGAACUGUCAUUGCUCUUGGCUUAUUUGAGGUGUUCUUGCCAUAAUAUGGACUUGGUCUUUUACCAAAUAGGGCAAUCUGCUGUAUACCACCACUACCUUGUCACAACACAACUGAUUGGCUCAAACGCAUUAAGAAGGGAAGAUAUUCCACGUGACCACCUCCAUGAAGCUGGUUGAGAGAAUGCCAAGAGUGUGCAAAGCUGUCAAAGGCAAAGAGUGGCUACUUUGAAGAAUAUCAAAUUAGUUAGUUUAACACUUUUUUUGGUUACUACAUGAUUCCAUGUGUUAUUUAAUAGUUUUGAUGUCUUCACUAUUAUUUCUACAAUGUAGAAAAUAGUCAGAAUGAGUAGGUGUGUUCACACUUGCCUGAGCGUGUGUGUGUGUGUGUGUGUGUGUGUGUGUGUGUGUGUGUGUGUGUGUGUGUGUAGAUAUCUGUUUGUUAAGACUGUGUAAAUAAACAUAAUACUGGUAGAAACACAGGCAUAUUGUACCUAAAGUCUAUUGGCCUUGAAAACAGUCAUUCCAUCUAUGGUAAAUGAUUGACUGAAGUCUAAAGUCUGGGUUGUGGCUGUAGGGACAAAACUUUCCAAUUCAACUGUGUGUUACAGUAGCAGGAUCCUCUCUAGCUAUUUUGACCUAAAGAGGAUAACCUUCUCAGUACACCAACACCUGACUGAAACGUCUGAGGCCUUCUGAAAAAUUCUAGUCUCGAGAUCGACCCAUACAUCUGGCUCAUAACCAACAUCGACAUUUAAACAGAUUAUAUAUUAUUAUAUACACUGAGUGUACAAACAUUAAGGACGCCUUCUUAACAUUGAGUUGCAUCCCCUUUUUGCCCUCAGAACAGCCUUGAUUCGUUGGGACAUGGGACUACAAGGUGUCGAAAGCGUUCAACAGGGAUGCUGGCUCAUGUUGACUCCAAUGCUUCCCAAAGUUGUCAAGUUGGCUGGAUGUCCUUUGGGUGGUGGACCAUUCUUGAUACACAC